AUGAGGAUACUACUACUACUAACCCUCACCGGGUUAGCAGUUGGUCUUGGUGUUGAUCGUGAUUGUGAUGGUCGUGUAAAUGGUGUAUAUGCUACAUCACCGUGUUCAAAUGAAUUCAAUCAUUGUUAUAACGGUCAAGUUACCAUUAAAACCUGUCCUCGUGGUCUUGUUUUCAAUCCCGAUAGUAACCAAUGCGACUUUGACAGUCAUGUGUCUGGAUGUGCAGCACGAGCAGAAGUCACUUGCUCCAACCGUAAUGAUGGUGCAUAUACCAUUGGGUGUUCAUCAUCGUUCUUUUUCUGCAGUAAUGGAAUCAUUCACAUGAGUACCUGCCAGAAUGGAUUGUUCUACGACGUGGAUCGAAGAACGGUACGUGGUUUGGGGUAG